CUAUAAUAUUAAAUUCUAUUAUUUAACAUACAGUGGAGUCAAUUUUUGGAACCUUUUAGGAAAUUGCCAAGCACUUUCCUUCCACCUAAAAUGUUGCGUAAAUAUUGGCAAUUUCAUAGCAAGUCCCGAUGGCAUUAUUCUCUUGAUACAAAGCGUCAAAUGGUAUAAGAGUCUCUAUAUAAGUUGUUACAUCUUCCUUCUAAUACUUGAACAAAAAUUAUUUGUUUCCACCAAUCAUCAAUGGAAACUGUAAAUAUUGAUCAUAAAGUUUCCAAAUCCUCUAAAUGGUUUGCCAACAAGAGUCUUAAGCUAAGUUUCAAUGGCCAUCGUCGUCAAUCGAAAUCCAGUUCCACAGUAAGUUCCCCUAGCUCUCCUAUAUCACCUAGAGCUAACAGCAACAGAGAAGACGAUCAUCAGCUGAGAGAAGUUUUUCGUCAUUUUGAUGGGAAUGGAGAUGGUAAAAUAUCGGCUUUGGAACUAAGGUCAUAUUUCGGAUCAGUCGGGGAGUACAUGUCUCAUGAAGAGGCUGAGGAGGUGAUCAAAGAGCUUGAUGCGGACGGUGACAGUUUAAUCGAUUUCCAAGACUUUCUAAAGCUGAUGAAGAAGGAUUCUGCAGGAAACCAAGAUCUAAAGGAGGCCUUCGAGAUGUUUGAAUUGGAAAAGGGUUGCAUAACACCAAAAAGCUUGCAAAGGAUGUUGAGUCGUCUCGGUGACACCAAAUCAUACGACGAAUGUGUGGCCAUGAUUCAAGUUUUCGACACCGAUGGCAAUGGAGUGGUUGAUUUUAACGAGUUUCACCAAAUGAUGGCUUAAUUAAUUUCAUUAAUUAUGUUUGAUAUAUGUGGACCUAAAAUGUCAAUUUAUAUAUUAAAUGGCACUCAUGGCUUGUAAAUCCUAAUUUUAUGAAUGAAAGAAGCCAAAUGCAAAUGUA